AUGCCCUCCGCCCCCGCGCCCCUCGAGCUCGCCAGUGCCCACGACCACGCCGUGCUCGCCUGCCGCCUCCUCCGCGCCGGGUCGCUCGCGCUCUCCGCGGGCCUCGACCCGCACCUCUCGCUCUGGGACCUGGACUCCGGCCAAAACUACACCAUCGACAGCUACCACCACGGCAACGCCGCCAUCACCGCGCUGGACGCGCUCGGCGACCGCUGCGCGGUCACCGGCUCGUCCGACACCCGCCUUGCGCUUUGCGACCUCGAAACCGGCCAGCUGCUGCGGGGCCUCGCGGGCCACCGCCGCGUCGUCAACCAGGUGCGCGCGCUGGGUGAGAGCCGUUUCGCCUCGGUCGGCGACGACGGCGCCCUCAAGGUCUGGGACGCGUCCGGCGCCAAGCGCCCCGUGUGGCAGGCCGCUUCCGAGUUUCCUCUCUUCGCCGUGGCCCAGGAUCCGCAGAACGAGCACCUCGUCUACGCGUCCGGGCUCGAGCCCGUCAUCAGAGCCUACGACCUCCGCCGCAGCGCAGACCACGCGUUUUCCAGCUGGCCUGCGGCCCACUCGGACGCGGUCACGUCUCUCGACGUUUCGGCCAGUGGCAAGCUGUGUACGCUCGCGUUCGACCACCAGAUACACGUCAGCGACGCCAAACUGGAGCCCACCAGGGAGGGCUCCCGGCUGCUGGCAUCUGCCACACUCCCCGCAUCCGCCAACCCGCACAAGUUCCUUCAGCGGUGCAAGUUUGUGAGACAGGACCGAUUCGUCGCCGCGCAGGGCUCGCUUUUCGACGCAACGUCGGGCCGCCAGGUGCUCGACUUCGCGAGCCAGGUCUCCGCACGGGCUUUUGACGUUAUAGACAUGGACUACGACUCCCGCUCCGAUAAGUUACUGAUAAGCACCGAGCAGGGCAGCCUCUACGUGUGCCAAGUAUAA